AAACACAGCCGAUAGAACAAAAAGAAGGAUGGCCGAAACAUGUUAUCUGAGCUGAGGAAAGAGAGAGUUACAGAGAGAGAGAGAGCUAUAGAGGCAUGGAUGGGAGUGAAAAAGAGGGAGGAGAUGAGCCCCAAAGGCAAAACGAAGUGAAAGGCUCAAAUCCAAAGGGAAAAUCGUGCAAGGGAUAUCUGUACUUCAACUCCGCUCUCAAAUCCAAAGCUCGCAACCCUCGCUGCAUCGGUAUCCCUCGCACCCUCCAACAAGUACCUGACAACAUUGUUUCACAAAUGGAGAUUGAAGCUUCUAAAGAAGGCAGAAGUCUUGCUGAUUUCAAUUAUGCUUGUGUUGGUUACUCUGUCUUCUUGGAUAGAGGUGGCAAUGACCCUGGAAUUGAUAAGCAAGCGGAAAAGGCUGAAUUGCCCGUCUGUGUUGGCCUUGAGAUUUUAGUGGACAGAAGAGUUUCUGCAGAUGGACCUGCUUCAACUCCUGCUCAUAUUCACAAUAGAGAAGAAGAAGUUCGGGAAUUACCUCAGCCUCGAAGACGCUAUCCAGCUCAUUCAGUGGCGGAUGAUUUUCUUAGCAGGUUUACAAGGAAUGCAAAUCUGAUUUCAUCAGGGGUGGCCAGGAACAUGCGUAGAGUGGGGAACUCCAUAAAGGAGACUCUUGAUGAUAUUCUGUACCCCUACCGAAAGCGACCAAAGUAAGAUGGCUUGUCCUGGAAAAAAAGGUUUAGAGGAUAAAAAAUAUCUAACUGUCUGGAAUGAGCUUUAUCUCAGACGUGUGCCUUUCCCUUUCCAGUCCUGGAUUUGUUUUCCUUUUAACACCCUUCCAUCCCCUUUCCAUAACACAAAGUUUGAGAGCUAGAAUGGGGGGUUUUCAUUAGAGCUUCAUAUUUGUGGAUAUAUGAUCGUCUCUCGUAUCGAUAUUGUUGUGCCAGGGGUGGGGAGUAGGGGUGUCAAUGUUCUCCUGUAUGAUACGAUACUCAUGCUGACCAAAUUGUGCCAUACUGAAAAUGUUACAGUUCAUUCUUCGUCAA